AUGGCCUCCCCAACGGCACCCUCCCAAAACUACGACUACCUACGCCGCAAGCAGAGCACCAAGGCACCCACAUCGUCCAUCACGCCCGUCCGCAAGCCCGUCCGCACCCCCAGCGAGCGCAACAGCAAUGGCACCGUGAGCUCCUAUGACACGACGGCCACGCGCGACACGACCAUUACCGAGCCGCCAACCUACUCCAAGAAGCUGGUCGUCGUGGGUGACGGCGGAUGUGGCAAGACAUGUCUGUUGAUUAGCUACAGUUCCGGAAACUUCCCAGAGAAAUACGUACCCACCGUCUUUGAGAACUACAUCACCCACACGCCACAUCCCCCAACGGGCAAGAUGGUCGAGCUUGCGCUCUGGGACACGGCUGGACAGGAGGAGUAUGACCGAUUACGACCCCUCUCCUACCCCGAGACGGACAUCAUCUUUGUCUGCUUCGCCAUUGAUUGCCCCAACUCGCUAGAAAACGUCAUGGACAAGUGGUACCCAGAGGUCCUCCAUUUUUGCCCCACAACCCCCCUCAUGCUCCUUGGCCUGAAAUCCGAUCUCCGCAACAAGAAGAACUGCAUCGAACUCCUCAAGACACAGGGCCUGACGCCAGUGACGCCCGAACAAGGCCGCGCCGUGGCCAAGAAAAUGGGUGCCAUGUACAUGGAGUGCAGUAGUAAAGAGCAGGACGGCGUCGAGGACAUCUUCGACAUGGCUGUUACAAUGGCUGUAGGUGAUGAGUACAAGACACCGCAUGCGACCAACCCAUCAUCAUCGUCAUCAAGAGGCACAGGUCCUACCUUCCCUACAGGCGGCAAGAAGAAGAAGCGAAGCGGUUGCAAGGUGCUCUGA